AGCUUGGGCCCUGGUCCCCAGCAUGUCAGUCCUUUCUUGUGCAUAGGGCUCUGCACUGCCCUCACCUGUCAGCAUGACUGAGCGGAGGGAGGUUCCAGGCAGGCGGGAGACCCCACAGGGGGAGCUGCGACCAGAGGUUGUUGAGGAUGAAGUUCCUAGGAACCCAGUUGCAGAGGAACCUGGAGGAGGCGGGAACAAUAGCAGUGAGACCAAAUUGUCCCCAAAAGAGGAGGAAGAACUGGAUCCUAGAAUACAGGAGGAGCUGGAACAUCUGAACCAGGCCAGCGAGGAGAUCAACCAGGUGGAGUUGCAGCUGGAUGAGGCCCGGACUACUUAUCGAAGGAUCCUGCAGGAGUCAGCAAGGAAGCUCAACACGCAGGGCUCCCAGUUGGGGAGCUGCAUUGAGAAGGCCCGGCCCUACUAUGAGGCGCGUAGGCUGGCUAAGGAGGCUCAGCAGGAGACUCAGAAGGCUGCACUGCGGUACGAGCGGGCAGUGAGCAUGCACAACGCUGCACGGGAGAUGGUGUUUGUGGCUGAGCAGGGCGUCAUGGCUGACAAGAACCGACUGGACCCCACAUGGCAGGAGAUGCUCAACCAUGCCACCUGUAAGGUAAAUGAAGCAGAGGAGGAGCGACUGCGUGGCGAGCGGGAGCACCAGCGAGUGACCAGGCUGUGCCAACAGGCUGAGGCUCGGGUUCAGGCCCUGCAGAAGACCCUCCGACGGGCCAUUGGCAAGAGCCGCCCCUAUUUUGAGCUCAAGGCCCAGUUCAGCCAGAUCCUGGAGGAACACAAAGCCAAGGUGACUGAGCUGGAGCAGCAAGUGGCCCAGGCCAAGACCCGUUACUCAGUUGCCCUGCGGAACCUGGAACAGAUCAGCGAGCAGAUUCAUGCCCGGCGCAGGGGUCUGCCCCCCCACCCACCAGGCCCACGUCGAUCCUCACCUGUGGGAGCGGAGGCUGGACCUGAGGCUGAAGAUGGGGACAGUGGGAUUGAAGGGGCUGAGGGUGGGGUGCUGGAGGAUGGGGGCAGCUUGGGGCUUGGUCCUGCCCCCGACACGGACACGCUGAGCCUGCUAAGCUUGCGCACCGUGGCCUCAGACCUGCAGAAGUGUGACUCAGUGGAGCACCUGCGGGGCCUCUCGGACCAUGCCAGCCUGGAUGACCAGGAGCUGGGGCCCAGGAGUGGGGAGCGGAGGGGGAGUGAUGGUGGGACCCGAGGGGGCCGCCACCAGCGCAGUGUUAGCUUAUAG